AUGGUGCUGAUAAGAUACAAGAUUCAAUGUAUAAGGACUAACCCCAACUUACCAUGCGAAUGGUGCUCUGACCACAACCUGGAGUGUGUCCUCCGGCGAGAAGCACAGAGAAAGAAACCAGACGACAUCUCCUCUAUCUUGAAUCAUGUACAAGCUCUCACCCGUAGAGUCACGGAACUUGAAAACACUGUUGAUCAACUCCGUUCAUACUUAAAUGUUACUACACCAGCAUUUCACAGUCAAAACACUCCUUUAUCCUUGCCCGGAACGGUCAAUACGACACAGAUAACUCCCCUCUCGCCACAGCCUCAUCAUGCUGGGAGCGCAGCCCAACACCGUGUUUUUCUCGGCCAACACUGGUACUUUAAAGGAGUACCACUGUUCUCCGAGAAAGGUAUUGAUUGGAUGUCAUCCAAGAUUGGUCAGAGGCCAGCCUUGGGGAAGUUCCGUCUUUUCGGUUCAUACUCUUCGCCGCCCAGUCUUUUCCAACCACGCGUUGAACUACCCGAUCGAGAUGUAGUGCAUGAAGUGCUCGAUGCUUGGCUCUCUUCAGACUGGCAAUGUCUGUACCCAGUCCUUGACUCGUCCCUUGUGGUGGGGACUAUAGAAGCGGCAUAUACGCUGCUACCGAACCAAGAGACCAUUCACAGGCAGAGGACGGCUGAGGCUUGCCUUCUGGCGGCGUUGGCCAUUUACUCACUCAUGACCGAACAUGAAAUGCCGGAAUUGCUCGAGGGUGAUGCGUAUGCCAAUACCGCACACAGUUAUCUGGCCCAGGUAUCUGACGCUAGCAACUUUGAGACACUAGAAACAGUACUGAUGCUGGAAAUCUACAAGACCUUAUCAGGCCAAUGGGAAGAUGCUUCUACACUUCAUUCUUUGGCUUGUCGUAUUGUCUAUGAACUGAAAGGUCACUGCUUCAACGCCGCCUUUGCAGAUCAACCGUCAGAACAACAUCAACGGAAGCACAUCCGAGAUUUGUUCUGGUUGUGCUAUAUCUUUGAUAAAGAUCUUUCUGUUCGCUUUGGCCGACCCCCUCUUCUUCCCAGUAAUUACUGUGACUUGACAUUGCCAGAAGGGUUGGAUAAAAUAUACGACAAUCAGUCUCACAAUGACCAAGAAGCCUUUGUUCAUUUUCCCCAAGACCUUCAACUCACUCAGAUAAAGGAAAACCUAUGUCUGUUCCUAUGUUCUCUCGACAACCCAAAUCUAGCUGACAGCACAAUCCUGUUCCAUUUACGUCAGCUGGAUAUCGAUCUCGAGUCAUGGCGUUUGAGGAUCCCGGCAGACUUCCGGCCCAAGUUGUCAGUACUGACUGAUCAACCAUUCCAGCCGAAAAUGUCUCGCCUCCAACGCCGAAGAUACAUUCACCUACAGCUGGAAUACAAUUACAUGACAAUUAUUAUUCAUACAGCCGUACGGAGAUGUGGCGCGGCUUAUGCCAUGACGGAAAGUCUGCCUGAUGAUUUGCAUAGCGUCUAUCACUCGAGUAGCGAUCUGUCCCUGGAAGCCAGCCGUACAACCUUGCAGAUCUUCAAAGACCAAGACAUGUUACUGCAACAAGACGCCUUCGGGCAUGUCGCUUUCUACCCGCCCAUAGCAGCCUUGGCACUGUUUCUCAACAUUUUGAUCCACCCUCUCGACAAAGAGGCCCGGAUGGACUUGGAUAUUCUAUCUUCAUCCAUCACAGUCUUUCAAAACUCAUCGUCAGCAAAGAUGACAGAAUUGGAUAUUGACAGUGUGCAAGAAUUAGGCCACUUCAUCUCAGAUUUGGUACACCUCGGCGAAAGCACCAUACAAAAGGCAAAAACAGAAAAACAAGGCAGAGAGUAA